UAUAUAUUAUGCUAUCAGGAUUAAUUUGGCAAUUUGAACUCACUUUAAUAAGCGAUUUAAAUGGAUGCGGAUGUUAUAGUAGUCGGUGGUGGGAUUAAUGGCCUUUGGACAGGAUUUCAUCUAACUCAUGAAGGAAAAAAGACUAUUUUAUUCGAGCAGUUUCCCUAUCCACAUACUCGAGGAAGUUCUCACGGGCAAUCUAGAAUCACCAGGUCUUCCUAUGCAUCAGAAGAAUAUGUUGCAAUAUUGCCUGAAGCAAACAAACAUUGGAAAGAACUUGAGAAGGAGACAGGAAAAAAAUUGUACUUAGAUAUCGGUUGCAUCAAUAUGUACAACAUGAAGCAAAAUGAAGAAGAAUUCAAUUCUAUCAUUCAAAACUUGAAAAAGCACCAAAUCAAUCACGAAAUUAUACCUGGUGAACAACUGUCCGAACGGUUUCACGGCAUUAGCAAUGAUUCGCAAUACAGGGGAAUAUUUGAGACGAAUGCUGGUUUAUUGAGAGCAGAUAAAUGCUUGUCCGCUUUGCAAGAAAGCUUCAAAUCUCACGGUGGAGAACUGCGAGACGGCGAGAAGGUAUUGUCUGUAGUUCCAAUCAACCAAGACAAAGUUGAGGUAAAGACCUCCAUCAAGACAUACACUUGCAAAUUCGUUGUUUUAACGUGUGGACCAUUUAUAAACGACCUUUUGGCUUCUGUACAUUUACGACUACCAGUACAGCCUAUCAAGGUGACAGCUUACUAUUGGAAAGAAAAGCCGGGCUUCACUUAUUCGAUUGCUAACAAUUUCCCAGUAGCAAGAGACGUCUCGGCUAGAGUAUACUUCCUUCCUUCGUGUGAAUAUUCGGGCCUGGUGAAGAUAUGCAAGCAUUCUGGAGUUGCGGUUGACGAUCCGAAUACGAGAGAUGUUAUUACUCGAAAAAUAGAAGAGGAAGAGAAGAAAGCACUGGAAGAAUUAAAAUCAGAUAUCGGAAUUCGUUUUCCCGGAAUUGACAACAGUAAUCCAGCAAUUAAAGAAACCUGCAUGUAUACCGAUUCUCCAGAUAAGAAUAGUAUCCUAGAUUUUCAUCCCGAACAUUCGAAUAUUGUUAUUGGAACAGGAUUUUCUGGUACCGGAUUCAAAACUUCGCCUACAGUUGGUGGAAUACUGGCAGCGAUGGCUACUGGAAAACAAUGUCCAUAUCCUCUUGAACCUUUUACAUUAAAUAGGUUCAAUCAAUGAUCAUUCUGUGAACAUAAUAAGACAAGAAAACAUGAAUAUCAGCGGAACAUAUGAGCUUUUACUAAAUAUUUGUAUUUGAGCUACAAACUUAUCUGUUAAUUCUGCAGCAUAAUCUGCCUACAUCAUGUAAUAUUUUGGUAAAUUUAUAUUGUUGCUUCAAUAUCCAAAGAUGUAGUUUUAUAGGUGUGAUGCAUUUGUAAAAAUUGCAUA